UGGCGCGCGGGGGCGCAGUCGCAAUCGGUCCAAUCCGCGCAAGUAGGAAGUCGACCAUUUUCCUUUUUGUCGCACCGGUUUCAAAGCACAUGUGCUUUGUUAACAUCAUUGCAAAAGACUGUGCAGUGGUUAACACAUCGUGAUUUUAGAGCGCCCAUCAAAAUGAACACAGAGAAACUGAAGAAACUGCAGUCGCAGGUGCGAAUCGGCGGUAAGGGCACCCCCCGCCGCAAAAAGAAGGUGGUCCACUCCACCCAGGCCACCGACGACAAGAAGCUGCAGUCCUCCCUGAAGAAGCUCUCCGUGAACACGAUACCAGGCAUCGAGGAGGUAAACAUGAUCAAGGACGACGGCACGGUCAUCCACUUCAACAACCCCAAGGCCCAGGCCUCGCUGGCGGCCAACACGUUCGCCAUCACCGGCCACGGGGAAAACAAACAGAUCACAGAGAUGCUGCCGGGGAUCUUAAGUCAGCUGGGGCCCGAGGGGCUCAACCAGCUCAAGCGCCUCGCCAGCAGUGUCGCCAACACGGGGCUGGGGAGGAUCGUCCCCGAGGACGAGGAGGACGUGCCGGAUCUGGUGGGCAACUUCGACGAGGCGUCGAAGGCGGAGGUGGCCAAGAAGGAGGGGGAGGACAAGCCAAAAGAAAAUUAAUCCUGUUUAUGCUUAGUGGGCUCGAAUCUAUUGCUCCUAUUUUUAUGGUUUUGAGGACACAUUUCGUGGUAUUUGGUGGAGAUGUGUCUGCUAAUCUUGUACCAAAUCCUUUUUUGUUAAACAUUAGACACGCAACUUGUAUAGAAUAUUUCAUAGGAAAUACAAAAUAUUCUAAUACAGA